CCAGUGCUACGCAAGGCGUGCUUCUCUCUUUUCAGCAGCUGACCGCAUGUUUUCCGGGUUUCGCGCAGAGCCCAGAUCAAGAUGAUCAAGCAGUUGGCAGCUCGGUUCAGAAUGGAGCUGUGGAUCUUGCUGCAGGCCUUGACCUCAAGAGCCUUCCUGAGCUUCUCACCUUGCACGAAAGUGCUUGAUGCUUUUGCAUCAGCCGGCCUUGUCAGCGAACGGGGCGCUCGCCCCAUCAGAACUAUGAGAGACAUGCGGCAGCAAUUCCAAGCUGUGGUGGUCACACCUCAGAAGUGCUCGGCUCCAGCUACCGCGACGAGCAGCACCAACGACAACUCCAUCGCCUGACAAGACGGAGUCUUCUAGGAUGUCCUUGGCAGCAAAGAUGCGCAGCGUGGGCUGCGCAGCAAAGCCCACACCAAGAGAUUGAAGCACCUGCAGUGUCAGACUGGCGGCUUCAAGCAGCUCAAGCUGCUCCUGCAAAGGCAGGAGGCACCAGCGUGCCCGGCGUGCCAGCUCUUGUGGGCAGCGUGGGCAGAGCCUUCGGCAACUUGUAGUAGCACAAUUGCGGCCUCUGGAAGGCCAGAUGAGGAGGUGCGAUGUGUGCAAGAAGAAGUCAAAGCGGCCGCUCAUCUUCGACUUGAUUUCUCGCAAGAGCGAUUGGCACUUUCGGCAACACAUUGCUUGCGAUACGCACCAGCGAGGCCUACGACAACUCGGGGAAGAAGAACGCGCCAGCAACAAUAGCAGCGGUGAUCUGGCGCCAGCAGCGCCAGAUGGGCCUUGCCAGGGCUUUCAACUUCCGAGCGAUGGCGGAAAGCUGUCUGAGCUCCUGGACAGUUUUCGACUAUAUGUGUCCUAUGCCAGCCCCAGCAACUUUCGCCACCAGUACUCUGCGCACAUCAGCGAGCAGAGGUGGGAAAUUCGGCGCAAGGACUGCGCAAAAUCGGCUCCGGCGCCCACACGAACUUGCGCUGCCUGCUUUUCGGUGGCGUCAGACAAGGCGAUUGUCCGCAACGUUUGCCGAAUGCGGACGAAGCUAUUCGCUGCGCAGCUGCUCCGGGCUCGGCUCUUCAGAACUGAGGAGGAGGUCGCUGCCCUCUUGGAGGGCAUGCCAUUCAUUGACGCGUACAAGCUCGCCGGCAAGAAGGACUUCACAGUCAUUGCAGGCCUGAAGAUUGCCCCCUUACAGAAAUAUGUGCGCGCUGCAUUCCUUUCCAUGCCUGUCAGCACUGUUUCUCCUGCGAUGCAGCUCUUCAUUGCCACCACCGUGCAACCUUCCCUCAAAAUUGAGACUUGCGGGGCCGAGGCCUCGAAGGACCUUGCGCUUCAGUUCACGGCAGCGUUGUGCGCUGGACAAUUUGGCACAGUUCCUGAAAGCAAACUCCGGCUGGUAGCCAAAAUCGCCUCCGGACAACUAGACCGACAUCCGGUCAUCCAGGGGAUGAUUGUGGCUGCCGUGGAGCGAUGCUGCAGGGAAGACGCAGGAAAGACGACGAUGCGCAAGGCCAACAUGACCGAUGAAGAGCUUGGCCUAGUUUGUGAAGCUGGUAGCGCUUUGGCUUGCAUGGGCGUGAACUCCGCCCUGAGACACUUCGGGGUGGCUCACACAGCCAGGCCGGCAAGCUUGGCUUCAGCACACUCGCUUGGCCUUCCUCAUCCAUGCCUUGCUUUGGACGAUGAAGUCUGCCUCCGCAUGAACUGGGAGUUGCUCGACGGCCUGCUCCCGAGACAUGAGGCAGCCGAGGGCCGGCGGCUGGUCGUCGCUAUGGAUCGAACUUAUCUCCAGCGUGGCCUCAAUCCGAUUUCCAUGAGGCAGGGACGUGGUCUACUCUGAUACUGCUAGAUCCAGCGCCUUCUUGCCGCUGACGGGCGAGGAGUCUCAAGCGUGGUUUUGAUUUCCACUGCCGAUAAGACACCUUUGCAAGCCACAUUCUGGCCGGGCGAAGUUUUGCAGGCAGCAAUCUUUGCAGAGACUUGUUUGCAAACUGGGCGGACAAUGGUCUUUGUGUGGCUUCUUUGCACUACAGACAGGCCUGGCAUCUUUGCGAACUACAGUCUGGCCGGGGAUUUCCCUUGAGACAUCUUUUAACUCACACAAGCCGGGCGAAGUUUUGCAGAGACUGGCCAGGCGGAGUUUUGCAGGCAGCAGUCUCGUUGAAGACAUCCUUGCGAACAGGCUGGCCGUGCGAAGUUUUGCAGGCGGCAGCCUUUGUGAAGACAUCUUUGCAAGCUACAGACUGGCCGGGCAAAGUUUUGCAGACAGCAGUCUGCAAACAUCUUUGCAAACUGCAGACUGGCCGUCGGAGUCUUGCAGGCAGCAGUCUUGUGAAGACAUUUUUGCGCACAGCGGCCGGGCAAGGUUUGCUGACAGCAGUUUUUGGUGUUGCCAUCUUUGCAGACAGCAGCCUUUGUGAAGACUCUUUGCAAGCUACCGGGCGAAGUUUUGCAGACAGCAGUCUUUGCAGAGACAUCAAUGCAAACUCUUUGCAAACUCAGACACCAACCUGCUGGUUGCUGUCGUUGAGCUGCAGGCUCCAACGAUUGCGUACUCUGCCCCGGUGGGCUGUUUCAUUGAGGUGAAGGGCGUGGUUUGAUUUCCACUGCUGAUAAGACACCUUUGCAAGCUACAUUCUGGCCGGGCGAAGUUUUGCAGUUUGCAAUCUUUGCAGAGACAUCUGGCUUCUUUGUACUACAGACAGGCCAGGUGGAGUUUUGCAGGCUGACAUCUUUGCGAACUACAGUCUUCCCGGGCGAAGUUUUCCCAUUUCUACAGACAUCUUUGCGAGCUACACACUAGCCGGGCGAAGUUUUGCAGAGACUGGCCAGGGGAGUUUCGCAGGCAGCAGUCUCGUUGAAGACAUCCUUGCGAACUACAGGCUGGCCGUGCGAAGUUUUGCAGGCGGCAGCCUUUGUGAAGACAUCUUUGCAAGCUACAGAUUGGCCGGGAGAAGUUUUGCAGACAGCAGUCUUUGGGCAAACUUCUUUGCAAACUGCAGACUGGCGGUCGGAGUCUUGCAGGCAGCAGUCUUGUGAAGACAUCUUUGCGUACUACAGACUGGCCGGGCAAGGUUUGCUGACAGCAGUUUUUAGUUCAGACAUCUUUGCAGGCAGCAGCCUCUGUGAAGACAUCUUUGCAAGCCACAGACUGGCCGGGCGUAGUUCUGCAGACAGCAGUCUUUGUGCAAACAUCUUUGCAAACUGCAGACUGGCCGGUCGGAGUCUUGCAGGCAGCAGUCUUGUGAAGACAUCUUUGCGUACUACAGACUGGCCGGGCAAGGUUUGCUGACAGCAGCUUUUAGUUAAGACAUCUUUGCAGACAGCAGCCUUUGUGAAGACAUCUUUGCAAGCUACAGACUGGCCGGGCGAAGUUUUGCAGACAGCAGUCUUUGUGCAAACAUCUUUGCAAACUGCAGAUUGGCCGGUCGGAGUCUUGCAGGCAGCAGUCUUGUGAAGACAUCUUUGCGUACUACAGACUGGACGGGCAAGGUUUGCUGACAGCAGGUUUUAGUUAAGACAUCGUUGCAUACUGCAGACUGGCCGGACUUCUUUGCGAACAACAGACUGGCCAGGCGGAGUUUUUUUGGCAGGCAGCAGUCUUGCUGAAAACGUUGCGGAUUACAGGCUGGCCGGGCUGAGUUUUGCGGACAGCUGCCUUUGUGAAGACAUCUUUGCAAGCUUCAUACUGGCAGGGCGAAUUUCUGCAGGCAGGUGUUGCAGGCAGCGCACUGGCCUUGGUGUGUUCACGCUGAAGGAAAUGAAUGGGCUUCAGGUCUCCACGUCCUCAAGGAAAUGAAUGGUCUCCUGGCUUCCACGUCCUGAUGGGUGCUGAUGGCCGCUGUUGGUGCGACGGUGUCGCUGUUGAGGCUAAUUCGGAGAUGGUGCAUGUGUGAGUGCUGACCUCAGGUUGGCUUGGCGCUGCUUUCUAGCUUUUGGCGCCCCCCUUUUUUGGGGGUUUUGGUGGUUGUUUGGUUUGUUUGGUUUGUUGUUUUCGGGUUUGUUUCCUGGUUUUGGUCCCUCUUGCCUUUUCCGCAGCUCGCCUAAUUUGGCUGUGUUGCGCAUGUUAAUGUUUUGUGCCUCCACGUCGGGCCCCGGAUCUUAUGUAGAGGAUCCGUGUCUGAUGGCGUGCGUCGGCAGUGCCUUGAAUAUGCUUGGUACUCCCUUCU